GUUUUGAGCGUGGACCCCAGCACCUCGGGGGACUGAAUGAGUGUUACACAGAGAAGUCCUGAUGGGUUCUCGAUGGCGGCAGCUGCUGCAGCUGCAUCGCGGAUUCCGAGCCCUUUCUCCUUUUGCGCCUGCUUGCUGUCUGGUGCCUAGCCCUGCCAAGUUUUUGCAUGCUAGUGUCGUCAGCUACCGCCUCCUGGGGUCAGGCAAUGGGCCCACUGGACGAAGGCAGGAUAAGGAUGGCGGUAGAUGGGGAACAGGAGUCGGUGACGAAGAGGAGGGAGAAGAGGAGGAGAUGGAGGAAGAAGGAGACGGAGAACUUGAAAUCGAGGAUGACGAGCUGCUGGAAUCGGCGCUGCCCUCUUUGCCAUUUGGCGUCCAGCGUGUGUUUGUGGUGCAUCCAGCUGUGAAAUGGGGACCAGGCAAGGCUCGGCUAACCACAGCUGAACUUCAGCUUGCUGAGGCUGUUGCACUCAUAAAUACCAUUCAAGAUUGGACGGUUAUAGAUAAAAUUAUUCUUUCUACAAAAAAUGCUGACCAGCUUCUUAUCUUUGGUAAAGGGAAUUUCCAACUUCUGACUGACAAGAUUAAAGAAUUGUCACAUAUAUCAGCAGUCUUCGUGAAUGUAGAAAGACUCACUCCUCGUACUAAGAAAGAACUUGAAGAAGCUUGGGGAGUAGAGGUUUUCGACAGAUAUUCAGUUGUUCUUCAUAUUUUCCGUCGCAAUGCUCAGACUAAGGAAGCAAAACUUCAGAUAGCAUUGGCUGAAAUACCAAUUCUAAGAACUAAUGUGAGAAAUGAGGUUGCUCAGAUGGAUCAACAGAGGGGUGGAUCAAGAUACAUUAUGGGCUCAGGUGAAACAUUCAUGGAAAUGCAGCUUCGCCUCUUAAAAGAAAAGGAACUGAAAAUUCGAAGGGCGCUAGAGAAGCUCAGACAAAAAAGAACCUUACUUAGAAGACAGCGGAAGAAGCGUGAAUUUCCUGUUAUUUCGGUAAUGGGCUACACUAAUUGUGGAAAAACUACUCUGAUCAAGGCCCUUACUGGAGAUUCAGGAUUACAGCCUCAAGACCGACUGUUUGCCACACUGGACAUUACAGCUCAUGCUGGCUAUCUGCCAUCACAGCUGACUGUUCUUUAUGUUGAUACUAUUGGAUUUCUCUCUCAGUUGCCUCAUGACCUUAUUGAAUCAUUUUCAGCUACACUAGAAGACGUAGCCUGUUCGGAUUUAAUUGUCCACGUGAGAGAUAUCAGCCAUCCAGAAACCAGCCUCCAGAAGGAAAGCGUAUUGUCAGUUCUCAGGAACCUCAAUAUUCCCAGCCAGCUACUGGAAUCAAUUAUUGAAGUUCACAACAAAGUAGAUUUGGUAGACAGCUAUCAGUCUACUGAAUCAAAUGCCAUAGCCACUUCUGCUCUCUUGGGAUAUGGAUUAAACAACUUGAAAGAGGAAAUUGAGAGGACAGUUUUGAAAACAACUGGAAAGAACAUUGUGACCAUUCAAGUCAAUUUAGCUGGACCUCAGCUCAGUUGGCUUUACAAAGAAACAACAGUGCAAGAGAUGGAGGUGAAUCCUGAAGACAGUACAGCCAGCGUGGAGGUGAUUAUUAGCAACUCUGCAUUGGGUAGAUACAAAAGACUGUUUCCUCUAUCACGUUGUUCUUCUGUGAGAAAGAAGAAUCUUGACUAACAGAAGAAUAUUUUUAACAGAAGUAAAAUGCAGAGUACUCUGCUACAAUACAGACUUUCAUCCUAUUUGCUUUGAACUGGUCACCAUGUGUUUGUCAUGAAAUACUGACUUACUACCUCUGGAAGGAAAAUCAUCACAAUACAAAAAUGUUACAAAAAUUUCAAUGUUUGCUUGGAGUUGCACAAAGGUAUUAAAGAUGUUUUGGCCCCAAAUUUUAGAGGUUUCAGCUCCAUCUGUAGUAAAAACAUCCAUUCUCCAUUUGAGAGCCAGUUUGAUAUAGCAGUUAAGUGUGCAGACUCUAAUCUGAGAGAACCAAGUUUGAUUCCCCAUUCUUGACCUUGGAUCAGCCACAGGUUCUCAGCAGAGCUGUUUUCUCAAAAGCAGUUCUCUGAGAGCGCUCUCAGCCCCAACUACCUCACAGGGUGUCUGUUGUGGGGAGAAGGGAAAGGAGAUUGGAAUUAUACUCUUAGAGUGGUUUACAAUCUCUUCUUCGUCUUCUCUGCAGUAUGGCCAGUUCUUGAACACAGGCAGGGCUGGUUAUCUAUUAUUUGUUCCCUGGCUACUUUCCUUCACUUUAUAAGCAAACGGAAUUUAUAUAGGAGAAGAUGAAAGUAUGCCCACUGCACAAAUGCUGAAGUAUAAUGUACAAUAGAAGAGUGAAAAUAUUUUUCAGAAUUUUUUUGAAUAUAGAUUUUCUUCUAUGUCUCAUGACUGUGGCAUGCAAUACUUUCUUGUUUGUACAGGAAGUCCUGGGCUUUUUUAGCUACAGCUGUGUGGGCAAAUGCAUCAACCAAAACCAAAUUAAGAAUGCUAGCAGCAAUUUCUUUGAUCCCCGCAGAAAGUUGUAUUGUGUGGAUCAGUUGUAAGGGCAUAAAAUAUACUGGGCUUUUUACUUCAUUGAUUUCUACAGGCCAAGAAUUGUGAUAAGAGACUCUGGAAAAAUAACAAACUCUAGUAGACAAGAUUGUUCUUCUUGCAAGGCUGUGUUUUGCUAAAUGGAAGCUUCUAAAAUAAAUAAAUAAAUACCUGAAA